GGACGGUUUUCUCUUGCGCCACUGGGUAAGGUGGCCCGGAAAAAAACGGCCGCAGCGCGGAAUUAGUUUUCAGUGUGCCGCGCUACGAAACGGUCGUGUGUGGUGUGUGUGUCGUUCGGGCGAAGGAAGUGAAAGAUUUGCGCGCGUCGACGUCUCGGCACUUUACAGUAUACGCAAGGGGGAGGCGCUUCCCAUUCUAUUGGUAAAUAAGGGCAAUUUUUGGCGCAAACACGCAGUAGGGUACCGAGCAGCAAGAGAAAGCAGCAUCAUAAUAAUUACAUCCAACUGGAAGAAAAUAUCAAGUUGUGUGAUUUUGGUUUUUUUUGUGUGUGUGCUUUUUUCCUUCUUCUCUCCAAAUCGGUUUUUCCUACAAUUCGGCGGAAGCAGCAAACGCACACGGAAUUAUUGGAGUGAAAAGUGAGCAAUACAGUUUUUUAUUGAGCCUUCAUGGUGAUCGGUCAUCCGGCGUACGCACACGGACAGAUCCGGUCAGAAGCUGAACCAUCCCAGACAGACUGCCGCAGGCCCGUGCAGCAUGGAGCAGCUGGAGCGAGAGAUCCGCAAGGAGAUAGACGAGAUGAACACGAGCGUGUCGCUGGUGGACCGGCUGGAGGCGGGCGACACGAUGGAUGACGACCGGCGGGACGAGCUGCUGUCCUCGACCCGGGCCGUCUUCGACAACGUCAACCCGAACAACGUGAAGAACAGUCUCACCGACUCGCAGAUAUCGAUCAUCUCCAAGCACGACGGGUAUCCGGAUUCGGGCCACUUCUACAGCACCCCGCACGGCAAGGAUCCGCUGCCGGCCGGCGACCAAACGCUCAAGCUGCCGGAACCGCCCGUAAGCAAUCAGCCCGACAGCCCGCAUGGUGGAACCGAUGGCGGUGUCACCGCGGGUAAACCGGCAAUGGACGGUACAGGGCGCCCGGUACGCACCGGCAGCAAAAUGGACAAGCAAGCCAAAAUCCGACAGAGCCAGCGGGGCAACGCACCGCAGGAUGUACCUCCCACCAAAAAUGCACCCCAGGCCAGUGCCUCGCUGGCCAACCUGCUCUACACGCCGGGCGGUGCGGCCAAGCGCAAGCGGCUCCCGUCGACGGUGGUGCUCGGGCUGAUCCAGCUGCUGCUCAGCGUAACGCUGGCCGCACUUGGGGGGCUCGUGAUCGCGCGCAACGCCUCGCUGGCGAUGGCCGGCACGGGCCUGUGGUGCGGUGCGAUCGCCGGCAUUGCCGGUUCGCUCGGUCUGAUGAACGUGAAGAUGGCCAAGACGGGCUUCCUGGCGGUGAACCUGAUCUGCGUCGCGUCCAGCACGCUCGGGCUGGCGCUGACCGGUAUCGGGGCGGUUCGGGAUGCGAAUCUGGCCCAGCAGGAUGAGCUCAUCUGGGGCGCCGUCACAGCCGGUACGGGGCUGCUGGUCGCGCUCGCCGUCCACUUUCUGAUCAGCGUCUUCUCCGUCUACUACUCCGCCCUUAAGCUCUGCUCCAGACCGACACAAAAGCUGCAGAUGAUGGACAAUGUCAUGCACAGCAAUUCGCAAGCGUUCAUGACGCAGCAGAAGGUGGAGGACUACAUCAACUCGCUGCACGUCGAGCCGGGCGUGAAGGACAUGAUGUACCAGACGAUGCUGAAGCGCAGCUACGGUUCGAUGUACGGCGAGAAGCACCGCGGGGACAACUACAGCACCGGCACGUCGCAGCGCGUAAUGCUGGUGCCGGCGGGAGCGGGCAAUGGGCUCCCACCGAUGAUGCCGAUAUACCCGUCGGUGCAGACGUCCCCGGGCAACUCGCCGAUGAUGUACCCGAACGGGCUGAUGCCGCCGGGCGUGCCCCAGUACCAGCCGUACCCGGAGAGCGCCCUGAUGGAGGCGCAGAUUAGCCGCGCCAACCGGAAGCGCUCCACGAUGCGCAUGAACCAGCACGAGCGGCAGCAGCAGCAGGCGGGCGAGCUGGAGCAGCGGCCGCGCCGCAAGUCCGACUCCGACCUGGAGAAGACGUUCACGUACACCGGGCUGGACCGGGACAUCGCGGACAGCUACCUGGCGAAGGAGGAGGAAAAGCUCACCGGCAGCAUCGUGAGCAACAGCGGGCUGCAUCCGGCGGCAUCCUCGCCGCCCCACACCUACCACCACGAUCUGAUGCUGAUCGACCAUCGUACGCACUUCGAGCGGUACAACGACAUUCACAUGUGAGAGGGUGGCGCCGUGGGUGGGCUCAAAUUUCAUUACCGCUACCAAUACCGGAAAGAGAAAAAGGGGUAGGGGAGGGAGGGGGAUUAGCCCCACAACUAGAAGAAGAAAAAAACAUUACACACGUGGCAAAAAAACACGUUGCUCAAGCAGAUUUUAGUCGUUUUAGUCGAACCUCCUGUUAUUCACUACAUUGUAAAUGUGUGAGUGUGUGUUGUAUGUGUGUGUGUGAGUUUGUUUUUCCCUCUAUUGUAUAGUAUUUGUAUAAACCUUUGUUUUACCGUUGUUUAC